UAUCAACGCAGAGUACAACUUCAACGAAGAUAACAAAAUGGCGACUAUGAAACUUGAUCAAAAUUGUCAAUUGUCUUUUGGAGAAUAUGUUAUAGAUCAAAGAAACCAGAAGAAAUCAGUUCCAAAUCAUUUACUUGAUACAAAAAUUUUUAACAAAAUAGCUGAAAAUGGCAUAUUUCAAGCUUCUCCUUCUAGUGUCCAUUUUUGUGGUUUCCAACUGAAAAAAACGUCAAAAAAAAUUUUGAAACUAACAAAUAUUUCAUCUCAAUGGCAAAAAAUGCACGUGAUUCCUCCUUCGACAUCUUAUUUCACUGUCAAAUAUGUGAAAAAGGAAAGACUUGUUCCUGGUUUUUUUAUGGAAAUUGAAAUUAGAUUUACACCAAAAGAAUGGCAGUAUUAUUUUGAUUGUAUCAGAAUACAUUGUGAGUCUAAUGAACAUCUGAUCAUACCAAUCCAUGGCUAUCCUUCAUUAAAUCUGUCUGAAUUUCCAAAAAAAAUAAAUUUUGGAAGUGUUCCUGUUGGAGAAAGUUUUAGCAAAAGAAUCUCUUUAAAGUCUGAUGUUCCUGUUGACUUUGAAAUGAAAUUGAAUCUACUUCAGUCAACUGAUGCCAUACAAGUGAAGCCAUUACAAGGUAUUGUGCCUGGAAAUGGUUCACUGGAUAUUGAAGUCUUUUUUAACCCAACUGAGUUUUGUACUGUACAUGCCAAAUUACAGCUAUUGGUGUCACAAUUCAUUGUAUCGCCGCUAAUUUGCCAUAUCACAGGAUCGUCUUCACCUGGCAUGAAGUUAACACUACUUGAGGAAAAACAACAAGAAAUGGAUUCACAAGAAGUAUCAACAAAAACAUUAGAUCCUCUGUCCCUAGAUCCAUUGUUUAGAUCUCGAUUGAAGAAACAAGAAGUAACCCAAAAAAAUUAUGUUGAUAAAAAAGAGGAAAUCAUUCGCAACGGAAUAAGGUUUCCUAAGAAUCUAGCUACAACAAGUGCUGUAUCUUAUGUUUUACAACAAAAGCCUGGUAAACUGAAAGCCAAAGAUGUUCGACAAGCUGUAAGAGACAAGAAAGACAUUCUACUGAGCGGAAAGCAGUUAAAGGAAACAGCAUUUGAAUAUAAAGUUCAACAGACUAUGACAGAAGAAAGACAAAAUCAAUUGCGCUGGUGUGUCAAGUUAGGAGAUGAGAAAAUAUCAGAUGUUGAAAAAAGUCGUAUUUUAGAUGAACGAGUUCAGGCCAAUAAAGAAUACAAGAUGCAAAAAGGUGAUUUAGUGUCCGAGGUGGAAUUUGACCGCUCUGCUACUGAGUGUAAUCAAUGUCGAAUACAACGUCAAGCUAGAACGUAUCCCGCGUGCACUGCUCGCUUUGAUUUUUUUGUAAAUGAUGAUUGGACGAGAAGACAUCGUGUGCUAAGUAGAUUUAUACAAAUUGGAAGAAAGAUAAUCGUGCGUCGUCGAGCUGAUCGAUAUAUUGAAUCGUUAAACAAAAAUUUAGUUGAAAGUUUAAGAGAAGGAUCUUUUUCAAGGCAAAUAUUGUUCGUAGAUAUGUGUGUUUGUGUGUUGAAUAAUUUAGGUGCAAAUCGUGCUAAGUCAGAAAACUGUACAACAUCAACGGUGUUUCAUUUGAGACCCCACAUGGUUUCACCUUUUUUAUUUCCAAAGUCAUCAUUGGAUGAUAAAAAUAAUGAUCAGAUUGAAAAAAAUAUUGAUGAAUUACCUGUCGAAUCAACUGUUGUUCAUCUUGAACAUUAUACUCCAUAUUAUAAACUUAAAGUACCACAACAGUAUGCCUUGCUUGGUUAUAAAUCUCAUACCACCCAACAAUUGAUUAGUUCUGAUAUGAUCGGUGAUAUCCCAAGACCUUUGAGGACUGGAGCUGAGGAUGAAAUUAUCAAGAUGGAUUCAUCUCUUCCUCAUACUAUCAACAUUAACAGUUUACCAAUGGAAAAUGAUGUAGAGGCAAACAAUAACGUUGUCGAUGUGCUGAGACAGAGCACUGUUACUGCUGGUGAUCGACUUGUGAUACCUUACUCUGUCUUUAAGAAACAAAAAUAUGAUCCUUUGGAAAUGUUUAUUCCUUUACCUGAUCUUCACGUUUUACAACCCCAAGUUUUAUAUUCUGAAGUUGAUGAUGAAUACCAUCUUUGUCCAUUACCUCGUUAUAAGUUGACUAGUAAAAAUAUUGCUGCAACUAAACAUGAAAAAUCAUUAAUUGAAAGACCUGAUGUAAUCUCGAGUUUAAUGAGUUGGAAGAGAUUUUCAUGUCAAAGUUUAGUGACCGCUAGCAAUGUUCCUCACAUAACUGAUGUUUGGGUCCCACGUUUAACAAGUCCAUUUCUUGACGACCUCCUUCCGCCAGAACCACCGGCACUUCUUCAAGAACUGCCAGCUGAUGACGUCAUGAGGGAUUUCCAUGAUGAUGACACUGCAGAGACUUCAACCAAUCCCACUAUGCUUGUGCCUGCUAUGGUAAAUGCAAUGUUUCCACUUGUGAGCAACACUCUUUCACAGGAGAAUGAAGAUACUAGUAAUGAAAUAUUUCCACAAAGUGGACGACUACCUCCAAAUAACAACCCAGUGUCUUCACAAGGAUUAUUAUCCAGAGAUGAACGAGCUGCUUCCCUAAAUACUCAUAUUAAUGUUUGUUGUGAUCGCUUGGGUAAAGCUGUACGUCUGAGAUUACAGGAAAUAAAUGGCAUUUUGAAAGAUGAUAAAUUAAAAACAACUUUAUAAACAAAUUUACGAUGAAAUUGUUUUAUCGUGUUUUUUUUUUAAAUAUGUGUUUAAUGUCAAAUGUGUGCAGCUCUUGUACCACAAAUUUUACCACAUUUUUUACAUACAAUCUCCAAUUAAUUAUUCUACAUUUGUAAAUUAAAACAGUUUAUUAUUUUUUGAUAAGGUUAGCAGAAUUAUAUUGACCGUUACUUUCCUUUUAGGAAGCUACAAAAUUCUUUGGUGGGUCUCUGCGUUGAAAAAGUUUGUUGAUUCUAAAAGCUAAAAAAGUCUACAAAAUUAAGUUUCUGUUUAGCCAUAAAAUUGUAUGAAUCUGGUUAUUUAUAAAAAUAUAAGUUUAAGUUAUUUUGGUUCCAAAACCCUCAUUCGUGAAAUUUUGUGGUCUGGUGCUUUGCCUUGUAGUUAAAAUGAAAUUUUCUUAUGGAAUUAAUAAGGUUUAACUAUUAUUUGCCUAGUUUUUUACUUUGACCAGUUUGUAUCAUAAAAUAUCUCACAAUAAUACUAAAUAUUAUCAUGGCAUUGUAAUAUUUGGUAUUAUUAGCAAAAACUUUGUUUGUGGUUUUAAUAUCUAAGCGUUUUAGGCAUUAAUGAAAGUUCUAUGAAAUUCUUCAAUUUUAAUUCAGAGACCUACUACCAUAUUCUAACAAAUAAAAAUUGUUCAACGCA